GUCUGACAUAAUUACGAAAAGGCUAAGCUAAAUGGAUAUUUUUAUUUUCUUUGACCACUUUUGCUUCAAAAAAAAAAACAAAAACGCACAUUGCAGUUAUUCUUUGAGAUAAAUUUAAACAAAAUUAUGUAUACUACGUAGAUUUAUUAUAGGAGAACAGCAUAAAAUACCAUGGACCAACCCAUUUGGCAAAAAAGGUUCACAAAAGUCUGUUUCUUACCGAUGCGCAUUGUUGUCACUACCAUGGGAUUCUUUGCGCUAGUCUGCGCUUUUACAAAUCGUGUCUCAAUCGCAUUUGUUAUCAUCGAGCUGGCUGUACCCAAAAAUCGUACGGAUUCGAAAAGCAGCGGAAUUUGUCCCCCGGAAUCAGAUCUGACCAAGGAAAAAAUGCAAGAUAGAAAUAAACAAGACUGGUCUGAGGAGCAUCAGGGCUUCAUUUUGGGCAGUUUCUUUAUCGGUUACUUAAUCGCUCACGUCCCUGGUGGCGUAUUGUCUGACAAAUUUGGAUCCAAAUGGGUCUUGAGUAUCUCUUUGUUACUCUCCGCCCUGUGCACUAUAUUCACUCCGGUAACAAUAAAUUUGUUCAACCAAUCAAGUCUGAUAAUAAUCCGUAUUUUAAUGGGAAUGGCACAAGGGCCACUUUUUCCGGCUCUGGCUUCACUACUGUCCCAUUGGGUGCCACCGAAAGAGCGCUCAACAUUAGGCGCCUUAUGUUACAGUGGAGUUAGCGUCGGUAUCGUUGCUAGCAACCUUGGCUCUGGUUUCAUUAUACAUUACUUUACCUGGGCGCUCUGUCUCAUCAUUUUUGGUGCUGCCACUUUCUGCUGGAUGAUCGUAUUUAUCUUAAUAUGCGCAAGCACACCAGACAAGCAUCUAUGCAUCAGAAAAGGGGAGAAGGAUUAUCUUAAGAAGCAUAUAUCAAUGCAGACAGAAAGUCUGACAAUUCCGUGGCAUAAAAUAUUAUUCAGUAAGGCAUUAAUUGCAUUAGCCAUUUCCCAAAUAGGUCACGACUGGGCUUUCUGCCUGAUCGUCAGUUACCUGCCCAAAUAUAUGGCCGAUGUCCUGCAGUUUUCAAUACUCUCCAAUGGCCUUUGGACCUCCUUGCCAUUUGUUGCAUUGUGGUUUAGUUCGCUCAUUUGUGGCUUUCUGGCCGAUUGGCUAAUACGCACAGGAACAAUGUCGAUCACUGUGGAACGAAAAGUAUUCACGUUCAUCAGCGCCUUUGGACCUGGAGCGUUCAUGGUCAUAGCCUCGUAUGUCGAAUGCCGCAAGAGUUUGGCUGUGCUAUUUUUCACACUUUCAAUGUUUAUGAUGGGUCCAUUCUAUGCUGGCCAAAAGCUGACACCUAUUGACAUGUCCCCCACUUAUGCGGGAAUUCUUACGGCCAUCUGUAAUGGAGCGGGUGCAGUUUCCGGUUUGCUAUGUCCUUCCAUUAUUGGUAUUAUGACACCCGAUAGGACAACGGGACAAUGGCGAUAUGUAUUCUGGUUAAGCUUUGCUAUCUCGGUCUCUUCUGCCAUAGUAUUUGCGCUGUGGGGCUCUUCCGAUCUCCAGGCCUACGAUCCAAGAGCCCAAAGGAUAAGGAGGCGCACUAAAUCUCACAUACCGUUGGACGUAUUUGCAUAAUUUCAAAUUUAUACUUGUAGACUC